AUGGGCUGUGUGAGUUCACUUUCUAAGUCGUGCGAGCUGGUGAGGAAACUCUUGACUCUGUGAUUGACAGGCGAGUGUGGAGAGAGGCUUUUCUGUAAUCCGCCAAGUGAUGAUGGACAAUAUGAAAGAACAGACUUUCAUUGGCCAGCGUACAAUUCAUGACCACAUCCUUAAUACUGGAGGCUUAAGCAAGCUGGUAAUUAUCAGAGAACUUCUUGCAGCAGCUAGCUCACUACUAGGACUAUGUGUGUGA